AUGUAUAUUCGAUUGAGUGAAACAGUUCGAAAACUAUUGUUGUUAAAAAGUGGUGAAAUUGUUACUGAGUUUCCAAUAAAUUCUGAGAAGAAUGGCACGGCGCGAUCUUAAACGUAAAAUUUUGGGACUUUUUUUGUUACAAGAAGUACUGUCUAGUGAAGAAGAAGAUUGGUUAAUAAUGCAGCUGAUUCAAUCAGAUGCUGAAGAAGAUGUUGAGCUUCUUUUCCAUUUACUUCUUGGAAGCAGUGCUGUUCCUCGGCCAAUCCAUAGAAUGAUAGGGUUUGUUGAGAGAAUAGUUCCGACAUUAGCAGGCAGUCAAUUUAAAUAUUAUUUUAAAAUGUCCAAAGAAGCUUUUGAAGCUUUAGUUAUGAUGGUAUUGUCAACGGGAGAGCUUAAAGUUAAAAGACCACGUGUUGGUGGAAAACCACCAAUUUAUCCCAUGAAACAAGUUUUGGUAGCACUAUGGAUGUUGGGGAGCUUAGAGACCUAUUAUGCCAUUGGUGAUCGAUUUGAUAUCAGUGUAUCCACAGCUGUUAGAUGUGUAAGGAGGGUUUGUCGAGGACUUGUUGCUUUGAGAGGAAAGAUGAUAACUUGGCCAUCAGUUCAGAAACAAGCAGAAACAAUGGAAGAAUUUCAGAAAUUGUCAGGAAUUCCUGGAAUUAUUGGAGUUAUUGAUUGUUGCUUGAUUCGUAUUCGAACACCGCGGCGAUACAAGUCCAGUUAUAAAGAUUCUUCUGGCAAUACAUCAAUGAGUUUGUUGGCCACAUGUGACCAUCAGUGUAGGUUCAUAGACACCUUGGCAGGUUAUCCAGGGUCAAUCCACAAGUCAAAUGUUUUGGAAAACUCACCAUUAUUCACACGAGCCACACAAGGAGAGGUUUUUACUGAAGGUACCCAUAUUGUUGGAGAUGCUGGGUUUCCUUCAAUGGAGUGGUUACUGGUACCUUACAAAGAGGAGGAUACUGAGUUGAAACUUGGUGAAAUACGUUUUAAUCAGGGCCUAAAAACUGCAAGAGAGGUGAUUCAAACAGCUUUCUCCCUGUUAAAGGGUAGAUGGUGCAGACUACAGUUUGUUGGCAUGGACACCAUUCAAGAAAUGCCAUAUUUAAUUACAGCAGCAUGUGUUCUUCACAACUACUGUCUAAUGACUGAAAAUGAAGAGGAUAUUUGCGAUUACUUGGGACCCUCAUGCACUGGUGAUGUUGAAGACUCUCCAUCAGUUAUUGAAGUUGAUCCCCCACAAGUAAACAAAAGAUCUAGGCUGUCUGAAUAUUUAGCUUCUCUGCCACAGGAGAUGUUUAUUGAUGAAAUGAUAGAGUCUUAGUGACUAAUAAUCAUUUGUGGAGUUGUCAUUUUUGAACUCUAAUUCUCACAAUAUCGUGCGACAGUAAUUGCCAUUUGACUUAUGAAACAAAGUUUCUACCAUCAUUUAAAUAAGUGCAAGACACUUGUAAAUAGAGAAAUGUGUAUUAUUUUUUAAUAAUGUUUUCAAGAAAGGGAACCAAUUUGAAGUACUGUAAAACUUCUAGGUACAAAUGUGAUGAGACAGUUGUUGGUAUAUGAUGGUAAACCUUUGAAUUUUUGUUGUUUUUUCAAGCAUAUAUUCUUGCUAAUUGAUCUAAAGCUAUAAAAAAACUGUUUGUUUUCCAGAAGUUUUCUUUUGCAAAAUAACCUAUUUUCUGUUUAUCAUUUUAGUUCAAGAUGUAAGCAAUAAUGAUAAUUUUGACUCAUUGACAUUAAAAGCAGACUUAAAAUAAAAUAGAAAUGUCUAUUUUGAUUUACCAUCAGUUUUUCUUUUGUGCUGCUUAUUAUUUUAAAUUUAUAAACUUUAACUGAAAUGUAUUUUGUGGCUAAAAGGUUAUUUCUGAGACAUGUAAUGUGGUAAAAGCAGUGUCAAAGUGUAGCCCAGCAUCUAUUAUAUUUAUAUUGGUGAAUAAAAACAUUUUUUUUACGUACA